AUGCGUCAAAUGUCGCAAGGCCUAUCCAUCAGCCGGCUGGCAGCUAAUGGGCUAACUACGUCAGUGAGAGUGAACAUCGGAAGGCCAUUCUUGAGCAGCGGAGUGGACUACUGCGGGCCGUUCCAGGUGAGAGACAGAAUUCGUCGGAACGCAAAGUCAUACAAGGCUUAUGUAGCUAUAUUUGUGUGCAUGAGCACGAAGGCAGUGCACAUCGAAUUGGUGGAGGAUCUAACGGCAGAAUCCUUCAUAGCCGCGUUAAAAAGAUUCGUCUCACGUCGAGGAAGAGCAAGAGAUCUAUACUCGGACAACGGAAAAAACUUCGUAGGAGCGGAACGAAUGUUACGGGAAAUCCUGAGCACGGAAGAAUUCAAAAAAUCGAUACAAGAAUAUACAACGUCCGAACAAAUUAACUGGCAUUUCAUCCCAGCCAGGUCACCUCAUUGCGGAGGCAUCUGGGAAGCAGUGGUUCGAUCUAUGAAACUGCAUUUAAAAAGAACAGUAGGCGAAGCAUGCCUCACAAUGGCAGAGAUGAGUAUCAUCCUGACUCAAGUGGAAGCUAUACUCAAUUCAAGACCCUUAACUGCAAUAUCGGACGAUGUCAAUGAUAUGAAGGCAUUGACUCCAAGCCAUUUUUUAAUAGGGGAAAGUCUACAAAGUUAUCCUGAACCAAAUGUAAAGGAAAUACCAGUCAACAGAUUAAGAAGAUGGCAACAUGUUGAACAAAUUCGACAACAUUUCUGGUCCCGGUGGCAGAAAGAAUACCUCGUUACCUGUCAGGAGAGAAAUAAGUGGCGAACAGAAGCCGAGAGAACAUUCAAGGUGGGCCAAUUGGUAAUGUUAAAGGAGGAUCAAAGUAUGCCACUGAAAUGGACGAUGGCGAGGAUUGAAGAAGUUCAUCCAGGAACAAAUGGGGUGAUCAGAGUCGUCACGGUACGCACCGAAAAGGGCACCUACAAAAGGGCCGUUGUAAAUAUUGCACCUCUACUUGAUUAA